GUCAAAAUAGCAGGCAAAAAAGCCUAUGUGCUAUUCAAUAGCAGGACCAAAACAGACACAAUAUUGCCAGACUUUGUCCAUGCAGUUCAUAUCCCAAUUCUCCAGCUGGAGAAUCCAGUUGUCCUCCAAAUGGGGAUGAAAGGGACAAGAUCACUAUCUUGUUUGGAACAAACAUGGAAGUUGAAAUCAAUGACCACAUGCAAAAACAGUUACUUUGAUGUAAUUAACAUUGACAGAUACAAUGCCAUAUUUGGUGCCCCCUGGUUGAAUAAAAACCAGGUAAAUGUC